CACACACAUUCAGUCAGUGACAGUCAACAAUGGAUACGUCCAGACAUUUAAGACGGAAUGUUGGAAUUAAGAUUGAUCACCUGUAAGAAUGAAGUGUUCGGGGAAGAAGAAAGAUGGCACUCCUUGUGAUUACUCACAAGAGAAUACAUUCAGGUUCUGUCCAGACUGUGGAUAUGGCACAAAACCAGAGGCAUCCAGACUUGUAAUCCCAUGCCCUGGCAAGAACAACCAAUGUGGAACAGAAAUAUCUUCUGAUGACAGGUUCUGUAGAAAGUGUGGCUUGAAGAUUGAACAAACUUUGUUUCAAACAGCCAUAAGAAAAUGCCCUGGGAAAAAUGAAGAUGGCUCCCCAUGUAAAGCAUAUCUAAAAGAGGAUGACAACUUCUGUAACCAGUGUGGGCAUGAUAUCACAACAGUAGUCAGUGAUCAGAAUGUUCCAGAGAAUGACAAAGUUUUGUGUACCAGUCCAAAUAACAUUGAGUCAUCGGAAGUAACAUAUGAGAAUGUUACAGAAAAUUCAGUGGAACAAUCAAACUGUGGUAGUGGAAAUGAUGGCAGCGAAGAUGAAGAUAGUUUUCAACCAGAAACAGAUCUUAACACAGAAGGAAAUCACCAUGUAGGGCAGCAGAUGCAGACGGACAGUGGUAGUCAGCCAGAAAGCACUGUUGCAGAUUCCAGACACGAAAUCACAGGUGAUGACUCAAAGACAGACAGUCCAAAAGAGGCAGGAGGUGAAGAUUUUGAUGGUACAAAUGAAGAUGUAGAGAAAGGCAGAAAACAUGAGAAUGUUACAGAAAGUUCAGUGGAACCAUCAGAGGGUGGCAGUGGAAAUGAUGGCAGCAAAGAUGAAGACAGUUUUCAACCGGAAACAGAUCUUAACACAGAAGGAAAUCACCAUGUAGGGCAGCAGAUGCAAACGGACAGUGGUAGUCAGCCAGAAAGCACUGGUGCAGAUUCCACACACGAAAUCACAGGUGAUGACUCAAAGACAGACAGUCCUAAAGAGGCAGGAGGUGAAGAUUCUGAUGGUACAAAUGAAGAUGUACAGAAAUGCAGCAAACAUGAUGAGAAUGUUACAAGAGAUGGAAGUUCCGUAGAUGAAGCACCAGAUACUGGUACCCCUGAUGAGGUUACAGUACCAGCGGCAACUGCUAACACAACAAAUUCAUCCAGUUCUCAACAUGAUGGGGAGAGUAACAGUGGUAAGCAAGACACUUUGGAAGGUAGCAGCAACAGCCAAAACCAAGGUGCUAUAACACGCAGCCAGAGUAAAAAAAAUAAUGGAAAAGCUGAGGAAAGGCAGAAGACCAAAGACACUAACAAAAACAAACCUACCAGAAAGAAAACUGAUUCAAAUACAGGGGCCAGAGGGACAAAGCCUGAUCCAAAGCACCAGAAAGAGCUUGAGGUCAUCUUCCAUGCUGUAAUGUCAAAAGAUUUCAAGGUCAAACAAGAAAAGGAUGAAAUUUAUUUAGUUAUUGGCUGUGAUCCCCUUGGAGGGUGGACUAGUAAGAAGUGGAAAAUGACUCAUAUCGGGUGCCACCAAGGUUACCAUGAAUACUCAUGCAAUGUGACAAUGAACAAAGACAUUAGAAAUGGCGGCUUUGAGUACAAGUACAAAGUGGUUGCUGAUGCCAGAAAAGAAUCUUUCGAAACUGUCUGCUUUGGUAAGAAGAGAAAUGGAAUUGUAAACAGAAAGUUUACUGUCCCAAAACAAAGGAGACAGACCACUGAUCCUUUACAUCAGUAUGAUGGAUUAGUGUAUCCAAAACAAAAUGAUGGUUUCCUCAAGAACCUGUUUGGAGUAGGUGGUACUCCAGCAAGAAUUGUGGAUGACAUGAAGACUGUUUUAAGUAUUUUCUUCCCUCCACCUGACAAAAUCAUAUCUACCAUCAAGAAGCAAGUGCCUGGGGAAACAGAGACAGCCGAAGCAUUACUGCAAACUCUGACAGAUGUAUUCUCAGGACUGUCUGUACAACUUGUGGAUUUCAAGAACAGUGAUGAAAUUAGACAGCAGAUUUUCAUGGAUUUCAUGAAACCAUUGACAGACCAUCUUGCCUUAUUUGAACAUAGCCACAGCAGCUAUGGCCCUGUAGUACUUAUCUUCAUAAUGGCUGCCAUGAGAGACAACAACAUCACAAGGUUUUACCUAAAGCUAGACAAACACACCAUACCAGGAGUUUUGAUACAACCAGAUAGAGAAAAGAAGUCCUGUCCUGUUUUGGAUUCUCUGCAUAAACAUUUCCCCAGAAGAGACACAAAGGACAUGGUUGAGAUGAUAUUGGCCCUCAUCUACAAAAACAGCCAAGUGACAACAGAUACCAUUUGGGGUUUUUGGGGAGAUCAAUUAGCUGACUCAUCAUGGAUGUAUGUUGUGCCUCUACUACACUUCCUUAGGAUAGAUUCUUCACCAUUUGUGAAGCCUUUGAAAUCAUCAUCCUGCCACACAGAUGAAGACUGGUGGGGACAUGAGGAUGUUACAGACAGGAUCAAUGCCUUGAAGAAUAGCAGAUUCUCAUCAAUUUCCAUUACAGACAUAAUCAAUGACCUAGAGUACCUAUUUGAUGUGGACUACUUACUGCCAAGAACAAUCAUGGCAAGCGCAAAGUAUGAAGAUUUACUUGGCAUUGUGAAACUACAGAAAGUGCCCCCAGAGGUUUGCAGUGGAACUCUGUAUUACUUCUGUUGCUCUAACGAUAUCUAUUAUGUUGAAAGAAAAAUGUUGUACAUUGUCAGGUGUAUUGAUGAGGUUGCAAAGAAGUUCAAAGAUGAGAGAACAAAACUGACGUGCCCAGAACACACCUCGAGAUUUUCACAAGAAGACUGCACGGCACACAGGAAAAUGUGUUUAAAGAUUACAACAGAUCUACUAGAACUGUGCUUAGAUAAUGAAAAUCAGUACAUUGAAGUAGUGGAAGCUGUUGCCCGUCUCCUUGCCUCCAGUGUGUGUGAAUGCAGCUCACAUGACACCAAGAUAGAUAGUGGUCAGCAGACAGAACUCCAGACUGAUCUGUCACCCUUGUGGUUUCAACUCCAUGACUGGAUGAGGCAAAGGAUAUCUUCAGUGACUGACUGUAGGAAAUAUAUUUUGGGGUACAACACACUGAUGCACUUGGACUUUGGCUCAGAUCAUCUGAAUACAGAGUGGCAGACUGUCCUACUUGAUGCGGUUGAAGACAUUUUUUCAGAGGUAAUGUUUGUUGAUGACCAGAUAGCAGCAUCGACACCACUGGGAUAUAGAUUUGGAUACUUAAUGUCGAGAUUGCUUGAAAAUCACUGGCCCAGAGAUGUGGAUGAAGACCGAUACCUCCAUCAUGUUUUGACCUGGAAACCUCUUCAUCAUUACUUCAAAAGAUUUCUUGCCAAUGAUAAGUCAAACAGGCUGCUGUCUGCGAUCUGUACAAUACGUCUCCUGCAAGCUGUAUCACUACUGAAGGAAGUAGUAAUAUCUCUGUGUGAUGGAAACAUCCCAAUAUCACAGUUGGAGUUGAUUGCUGAUGACACUGAAAGAUUUUUGGAUCUUCUCAUAUCACCUGAAGUCUGUGAUGAAUCUGAAGGCCAAGUGAUGAAUGAUAUCCUGCAAAUUCGACUGAAAGAGUUGACUGCCUCCAAACACAAUUUGAAUCAGACCAGUGUCUUCCUGAAUUACUGUAAACUCAUCCAUAAUGUGAAUUCUGAAGAGUUGUCAGUCUUUGUGAAGGACUGGAAAGAGCACAUUGAAGCGGAUGUACUCUCGUCUGUCUGUCAUCCUUUACCAAAAGCAGAAGCAAAAACAACCUCAGUUGAUUUGUAUCAACCUACAAUGAGACACAUGCCAGUUUCAGAUAAUGUGCUGGACAUUAUACCUCGUCUUGUGCAACUGAAUGACAGCAUGCUGUUCAAAGAGAUCUGGAAGAAAGAGGCACGAAAAGUCAUUCAUGGAUAUGCUUUGGAACGUGCUGUACUUCGUGUAUGGACUGAAGCAUCAUCGUCGUGGACAGAUUUUUGUCAGAGGUUAAUUGAUGGUACCAAUACAUUCAAAGCUGUCCAAAGUCAUGUGAAAGUUCUUGAUGGUGACUUCAAGAAGAUUGAAGAAGAAUUCAAGCUAAUAGAUAAAGCUUGUGAAGAAUCACCUGUGAGGUGGAUUGAAAAGCGGAUUUCUCAGCUUCAGACAUAUGAGAACAUUCGAGGUUGUCAAAACAUUGCAAAACUAAUAGUGGCAGUUAAAGAGGUAUACUGCCUAGGAGGUGAAUUUGGACCUGUCAUCAAAAUCAAAGAGCUGGGACACAGUGAGGAUUCCCAAAUGAAAAAGCUUGACAAAAAUGUCCUAAGAACCUGCAGAAUACUCGAAGGGAUGGAGAGUCAAGAAAAACAGGACUGUGUCAAAGCUUUCAUAGACUGCAAAAAUCUCAUUGAUUGGCUCAGAGAAUCCAUGCCAAAUGGAAUGAAAGAAUUGAAGGUAUUUGUGGACCUAGCAUAUCUCUCAGCAGGAGAAGAAGAAUUUGAGAUAGAAAAAGUCAACUGUUUCCAAUCAGCCACAGGAGGAUAUGCUCCCUUUAUCUUCAACACACCAUCGGAAUCGGAUUACAUAACAUUUCUUGAGAAUUGUAAAACUGUUUGGCAUGAACUGGAAACCGACAAUAAGCUACCUGAGAAACUGAGACUGUCCAACCAGAACCUUAGCUGGUUACAAGAAGUGAAAACAUCUCAUGGCUCAGUAGAAGAAACAUCCCUGACCCAGGCUAACAUGAUCAACACCAGAGGUGUAUACAGGAUAGGAAACUUGAAUGUUUCUGAUAUGGCCUUGAACAAUGUGAUCAGUCUGCACUUGUCACCGGAGAUUGAAGAUAAAGACACUUCAGUGCGGAAGUACAGCUUUGACCAGUUGGUGGAUCUUCAGAGUAGGCUCAUGCUGGUGGCUGGCCAGGCAGAAAAGGGCAAUGAAAAUAUUGACCAAUUUAUCUUGGUACUUGAUGGAAUUGUGCGUUUGGCCAAAACAUACAUUAGACUCUGCAGUGAUGGCUGUGUCCUGUUCAGCUGCUGGAAAGGAGAAUUUAUUUGUGGACAAGAGAGAAAGGUUUGCUCAGUCUUGGAAUUUGGAAAAGGUGAACAACUGAAAGGCCAUCGCGGCAAAGAAAAUGUUACAAACUUUGUUCAUGCCCUUGCAAAUGAAUUUGAGAAGUUCCAUGAUGAAUGGAUGAAGUAUGUCAGUAACAAAAGAGAUGAAUACUUGGAGCUGAACUUCUACACCAUUGAGCAGCUGGUGUUCCUUCAGAGAGAACUCAUCAAACUGGGCACAGAUGAGGAACCUUCUAUUCGUGUGUACUCAAUGUUGUCUCUGAUCAAGCCUAAUUGUACACAAGCAGAUCUUACUGAUGCCAUGCAGACAGCUAAAGAUGCUGUCUUUGCCAAGCAAGAAGACAAAGGAAAGGAAAGUGAAGUCGACGAGCCACAUGUAGAAUCUGAUGCAAAAGAAGCCUUCAUUGAUGCCAUGCUGGAGAGCAACUAUUCUGAGAAACUGGCAAGACUUGCCCUUGAAGCUAAUGACCCCAAUGACAUUGAUGGUGGCAUAGUGUGGUGUAUGGAACAUCAAGAUGAGAUCAGCAUAGUGUGGUGUAUGGAGCAUCAAGAUGAGAUGAGUGAAGAAGAUGAGACAUUCAGUGGUUGGAACGUUGAUGAGCACUCCAUGUCAUUCAGCAGUAUGUCCUGGAUUAGAGAAACCAUCUCUUCGGAAACCAGAAAUGACAUAGACGUGGAGACUUUGACCUCCAACUUGAGAUCAGUGUGGACCAAGUUCCUGGAAGCUGUAUCAUCCAGUGUAGCGGAUUAUCUCAGUCUGGAACAUCUUGGCAUGAUACUCAGGCAGCUGGCUGAAACAGGUAUUCAUGAGGUCAAAAGGACUCUUCCACUACCCCUAAAAUCUAAAAUUCCAAACCUGAUUGUGUGUUCCCAUGCGGACAUGCUGAACACUGUUCUGUACCUGUACAAACACUCUAUGGGUCAGCCCCUUCCUCAACCUGAUGAGGUCCUACUGUGCACUCCACAAGUUACCAUUGACCAGGUUGACAUCUUCCUUCGACGAGCUUUCUUCAGCAACCCUGGCAAGUUGUAUGCAAUGGCCAACGCUGAUCUGCUGCAGUAUGAGAUUGAGGAGAGGGCAGAGAAAAAGCUCAAAGAGUAUUCAACAUUGACAAAUAUGAAAGGUCUUGACUAUCAGCUUGUGAUUUUGUGCUCAACUGAAAAUGAGUUCAAAGCAAGAAUUGUGGCAGCUCUUGAUCUAUACAAAUGUCCUGCCCCUGCAAUGCAAAACUUGGAUGAAAUCAAAGGAUACUUGAAAUCAAAAUUUUCUCAGUCUGGAGAUGCUGCCAGAAUGAUAACAGGUUCAAGGGUUGACUUUGAAAGUUCCACAGUGCGAGUGAUCAAAUCCAAAAGAGCUGGUGUUGGGAAGACCUUAUACAAGAAGCGUCAAGUGGAGGCACUGCAACGUCUGAACCCCAGAGUCCCUGCUACAUCAGUGUCCAUACAUCUGUAUGAGAAAAGUGUGUCCACAACUGCUGUGGCAGAGAAACUGCUGGAUCAUACGCUGCAGCCUGGACAAGUCCAGCCUAGAAUAUUCCACUUGGACAUUUCAUAUGAGGUUCAGGAAGGCGUUGACUAUCUCCUCUUCAACCUGCUGGUUCUGGGCUGCAUCAGCAACAACAUGGGACAUGUCUGGCUGAAGUCUCCCCUGGACCUGUAUCUCGUGGAGACCAUUCCCAUCAAAGAUGUGAGACAGGACAGGCAUCUGAUCCACCCCUUGCUGGAAGUUCUGCCUGAUGUUUUCUGCUGGUCCCCUCAAGAGAGUCUACAGAUACUUAACAAUGACAUAACAACAGAAGAAUAUGGCGAAGAAGACAGCCUGUUUGAUGUUAAGGAAUUUGAAAGUGAAACAUUUCAAAGACCUUACCAAUACCUCAAGAGAUGGGACAACAAACAGAACCUGGCUAACAUUGAUGCUUCAAAGCCAGAAGGGCCACCUGAGGAUUGCCUAGCAAAAUUGCUGAAACAUUGUGGACUGCGGGAUCCCUCCUGGUCUGAGCUACACAACUUUGUGUGUUUUCUCAAUACUCAGCUGCAGGACUUUGAAAAAUCUAUAUUCUGUUCUGAUUUGAUUCUUGAAGAUCUACCAGGAUUUCCAGCACUGGUGCUACGAUUCCUUAUACAGAUGUCAAAGGAUUUUGCAACCAGAUCUUUGGAUUUAAGUGAAGAGUCGCCUCUUGCUCAGAAAGUUCACAAUGAUGAUGAAGAAGAAGAUGACUCUGAUGAGGAAGCAGAUGAAGAAGAAGAUGACUUUGAUGAGGAAGAAGAUGACUUUGAUGAGGAAGAAGAUGAUGAUGAGGAUGAUCUUGUACAGUUUCAGAUGAAGAGGACUUGGGAGAGCAGCCCACAUCCCUUUAUUUUCUUCAACCCUGAUGGGCACACCAUGACCUUCCUCGGCUUCAACAUUGAUCAUUUAGGCAACAUGAUUGACCCACACUCUGGACAAAUGCUAGAUCGUGGACUUGUACCUAGAAGCCUGCAGAUUGGUUUACGGAGAAAUAAUGUUGAAAUUAAUGAGAACCCUGAUCAAUUGGAUAGGGUUGCUUGCUUGAUGAAGCUAUGCAGGGUGAUGCCAGGUGUUGAUGUUGUACAUGACCCUGAUGACACAUAUGAACUGACAACAGACAAUGUCAAGAAGAUUCUGGCCAUUUACAUGAGAUUUAGAUGUGGAAUCCCAGUGAUAGUCAUGGGAGAGACAGGAUGUGGGAAGACAAGACUGAUCAAAUUCAUGUGUGAUCUUCAACGUCCACCAGGAACAGAUGUACAGGAAAACAUGGUCAUAAUGAAGGUUCAUGGAGGGACAACCCCUGACGAUAUCAUCAAGAAAGUCAAGCAAGCAGAACAACUUGCCAUCGCUAACAAGGCUAAGAACCCACACAUGUACACUGUCCUGUUCUUUGAUGAAGCAAACACAACUGAGGCCAUUGGACUCAUCAAGGAAAUAAUGUGUGAUGGCUCUAUGAAUGGACAACCCUUGAAACUGUCAGAAAACCUAAAGAUUGUAGCUGCCUGUAAUCCUUACAGAAAGCAUUCUGAUGAUAUGAUCCAGAGACUGGAGAGAGCGGGGCUUGGUUAUCAUGUUGAAGCAGGCCAAACCACUGAUAAACUAGGCCAUGUCCCUAUGAGGAGACUUGUCUACCGGGUGCAGCCCUUGCCACAGAGCAUGCUUCCUCUUGUUUGGGACUUUGGCCAACUCAACGUUCAAGUGGAAGAACUCUACAUCAGACAGAUGGUCAACAGAUAUGUACGAAAUGGGGACAUUCCUGAUGUGGAUGGGCUUGUUGAUGUUGUCAGUCGAAUCCUUAUAGCCUCACAGGAUUUCAUGAGGAAACAGAAGGAUGAGUGCAGCUUCGUAAGUCUUCGGGAUGUUGAUCGUACCCUGAGUGUUAUGGCUUGGUUCUACCAGCAGUCCCAAGAGAAUGGAAUACUAUUUAAGAAGAUAGAUGAACAAAUCUCUCCAGAACAAGCAUCUGAUGAUGAGGGAUGAUGAUGAUGAUGAGGAGGAGGAGGAGGAGGA